UAAAGCAAUGCCCUGACGGCAGCGCAUCCAGACGCUCCGUUUCAUCUGCAUUCAAGCCACUUUUGGUGCUGAGGUGUGUUGGUGUGUGUGUGUGGUGAGCUGAAGCCAUGCCGCUGGUCAAGAGAAACAUCGAGCCGAAGCACCUGUGCAGAGGAGCUUUACCUGAGACCAUCAGCAAUGAGCUGGAGUGCGUGACCAACAACACUCUCUCUGCCAUCAUACGCCAACUUAGCAGCCUCAGUAAACAUGCUGAGGACGUGUUUGGUGAGCUCUUUAAUGAAGCUAAUACAUUCUACCUGCGUGCGAAUUCUCUACAGGACCGCAUAGACCGUCUUGCAGUCAAGGUCACUCAUUUGGACUCUAGUGUGGAAGAAGUAUCACUUCAGGACAUUAACAUGCGUAAAGCCUUUAAGAGUUCUACUGUUCAAGACCAGCAGGUGGUGACAAAGAGCAGCAUUCCAAACCCCAUCACUGAGAUGUACAACACCAGUGACAAACCACCACCUCUGAACAAACUCACUGCCUACAGGGAUGACCAUAUUGAUGGAAUUAAAUUCUACACAGACCCCUCAUAUUUCUUCGACUUGUGGAAGGAGAAAAUGCUUCAAGACACGGAAGACAAGAGAAAAGAGAAGAGGAAACAUAGGGAGCAGAAGCGGUGUGUUGAUGGCACGUUGCCUCGUGAGGUGAAGAAGGUUCGUAAGGCUCAUAACCGCAGACAGGAAUGGAACAUGAUGGCUUUUGAUAAGGAGCUACGGCCGGACCAUCGUCAUCAUCAUCAUCCACUUCACAGGGGUGUAUCAUCUGAAGGCUCGCUGUCUCCAGAGGGCAGACCACAUCCAAACAACUCUGACUUCCCAGCAUGCCAUGCUCAAGCACGAGCCAGUCAUGCACAUUCACAGCCGCACCCGUUCCUGCCUGUGGAGACAGCAUCAUCUAGUGCCAAUGGAGGGGUAGAGCACGAGUACCACAGCAUUGGAGGGCCUGUAGGGGCGGCUGUGGGUGCUGAUGUAGGUUACAGAGUGGGCUUACUCGCUCGAACACAUCCAACUCCUCCACAGUACCUGCCCCGGGAAAAUGGAGUCAAUGGAACCAUCACGCUUCCACCAACAGACUAUGGUAUGAUGGAGUACUAUGCCAGUUCAGGUCCGCCCCCUCCUCCAUUGGCUCCCCUCAUUCCAUCUGCACAGACGGCUUUUGCCUCACCUCCAGCUACUCCUCAUCCUGGACCAAUCACAUCAGCCUUACGGUAUCCUCUUCCACCUGUCCCACCUCCUGGACCGGUUUUAUCUUCACCCCCCGAAGGUCCACCUCCUCCUCCAGCCCCUCCCAUACCACCUCAUCCAGCAGCAUUUGGAGAGGGACGGAGACACAAUCUGCAGCCUGUCACAGACGCUCGCAGUGACCUACUCUCAGCAAUACGCAUGGGUAUCCAACUAAAGAAAGUACAGGAGCAACAGGAACAGCAGGCUAAAAGAGAGCCGGUGGGGAAUGACGUGGCCACUAUACUCUCUCGCCGCAUUGCUGUGGAGUACAGCGACUCAGAAGACGACUCAGAACUUGAUGAGAAUGAAUGGUCUGACUGAUCAUAGUCAGCCACACACACAAUGGUAGAAUAGAGACCGUCCAUGUAAAUAUGAAAGUACGUUCACCUUCAGACACCCACAUAUAGUUGAUUAUUAACUCUUUCCCCGCCAAUGACUGAAUUUUCUGGGCCCUAUCACAUACCCGGCGCAUUGCGACGCCAGGCACAACGCAAGUGUGAUUUGCUAGUUUCAGUCCGACACAGUUAUCAUUUUCACAUCCAGCGCCCACGUUGUUUAAAUAGCAAAUGCACCCGUGCCCGUCUGUUCGCCCAUGGGCCUGCUGGUCUGAAAACAAGGUGUGUUCAGGCGCAUUGUUGGCGUGUUGCUAUUUUGAUGCAACUGAAAUAGACUGCACCAUUGACCAACAAAAACCAGGUCUAAAGUCAAUGUGAGUGUCUAUAUUCGGCCAUGGUGUGAGCGCAUCUGGGUUUUAAAGGGAAUGGGAGAUGACACUCUGAUUGGUUUAUUGCACAUUACACCCAAAACACA